AUGGUUGAUGACACAAAAAAGUUUAAGGUGAAACGUAUGCUUGAAGGUUUAAGACGAACAAGAGGGUCUAAUGAUACACGUCAGCCUAUAACAGAUGACAUAUUAAAAAAAAUACGUUUAUACAUGAAACAUUCGAAAACUGAUCAAAGAGGUCGUGGCACAUUUCUCGAUAUCGAAAUUGAGGGAAAAAACAAGUUUUGUUAUGAUAAUAUUCACUCUUAUCUUAACUAUCGUCAGUGCCAAAAUAAUACUGACCACCUUUUUUGCCAUUUUGAUGGGUCUCCUCUGACUUCUUACCAGUUCAAUGCUGUUCUCAAAAAGGCUGUUAAAUUCAUUGGUCUGGAUAACAGCAAGAUAAGGUCUCAUUCUUUUAGGAUAGGGCUGGCUUCAGGGAUCGGUGCAUAUCAGAGACUGUGUUCAAGACCAGACGGCGUUAAUCUAGGGUUACGGAAAACUAUUGGUGGUAAUCUUGUAUGGGAACAUAUGGGUGGUAUGAAAAUCGAGGAUCUGGAACAAAGUAUAGCCUACUUAACUUCCUUUAAGCAGAAUGAUCCCCCGACUUAUAUUCUUAUUCAUUGUGGAGGCAAUGAUAUAGGCCUUAAAACAUCUGCUGCUAUUAUUGCGGAUCUCAAAAUAAUUAUAGAUAAUAUCAGAA